AUGGGAGUAUUUACCUUUGUGUGUAGGGAAUCAGCCGACGAGUGGAAGGCUAAGCAGCUCAGCGGCGAGCUGGAGGCAUCAGCUGGCUCCACCUAUGAACUCCAAAGGAAGCUUGUCCAAGUCGCCGUGUCGUCUGACUCAUCUGGCGCCGUUCAAUCAGCUUUCUCAUACAUAACCCCUUCCUCCGCCGUUUUCCAGGUGAUUGUUGGUGGUGCGUGUGGCGGUGCAUUCAUUGGAGGUGGUGGAGCUGCAGCAGCAGCAGCUCCUGCAGGUGGAGCAGCUGCAGAGGCACCUCCAGCCGAGGAGAAGAAGGAAGAGAAAGAGGAGAGCGACGAUGACAUGGGAUUCUCCCUCUUUGAUUAG